GUGCGAUUUGCGAUCAGGCGGCGCGGCGGACAGCCCCGGCGGCGGGGCGGGGGGAGUUAUAUUGCGGGGUCCUUCCUCGCUCACCCUGGUUCCUCUCGGAGCGGAGACGGCAAAUGGCGGACUUCGAUACCUACGACGAUCGGGCCUACAGCAGCUUCGGCGGCGGCAGAGGGUCCCGUGGCAGUGCUGGUGGCCAUGGUUCCCGUAGCCAGAAGGAGCUGCCCACAGAGCCCCCCUACACAGCAUAUGUAGGAAAUCUACCUUUUAAUACGGUGCAGGGCGACAUAGACGCUAUCUUUAAGGAUCUCAGCAUAAGGAGUGUACGGCUAGUCAGAGACAAAGACACAGACAAAUUUAAAGGAUUCUGCUAUGUAGAAUUUGAUGAAGUGGAUUCCCUUAAGGAAGCCUUGACAUACGAUGGUGCACUCUUGGGUGACCGGUCACUUCGUGUGGACAUUGCAGAAGGCAGAAAACAAGAUAAAGGCGGCUUUGGAUUCAGGAAAGGUGGACCAGAUGACAGAGGAAUGGGUGGCUCUCAAGAAUCUAGAGGUGGAUGGGAUUCCCGGGAUGACUGCAAUUCCGGCUUCAGGGAUGACUUCUUAGGAGGCAGGGGAGGGAGUCGCCCAGGUGACCGGCGAACAGGCCCCCCAAUGGGAAGUCGUUUCAGAGAUGGCCCUCCCCUUCGAGGGCCCAAUAUGGAUUUCAGAGAACCAACAGAAGAGGAAAGAGCACAGAGACCACGGCUCCAGCUUAAACCUCGAACAGUUGCAACGCCCCUCAAUCAAGUAGCCAACCCCAACUCUGCUAUCUUCGGGGGAGCCAGGCCCAGAGAGGAAGUCGUUCACAAGGAGCAAGAAUGAGCUUGCGGUUGGGGGGGAAUGGGAUGUGGGGGGGGUUCGAGCGAGACCACAGCCUGGCUGUCCCCCAGACCGGCAGUCCUGCAGUUACCAUUCCUGCGCCUGACCUUUGUCCUUUCUUACAAUGGAAACACAGAGCUCGUGAGUGCAUGUCAGCCGUUAACAAGUGGUUUUUAGUACAUUCUUGGCUUUGCUGAAUCUACCUAGUGCCUGUUUUGUGCUUUUUUUUUUCUUUUUUUCCUUCCUGCCACUCCUUUCCUAUUUUCCUUCUGUCCUUUUUCCUUCUCGCUCCUUAUUUCUUUCCAGCACAUGAGUUUCUCUGGAGGGACAGAGGCAGCUGCCAUGCGGGAGUUCUUUAUAUUGAAAUGCUGCUUCAUUUCUCUCCUUUGCUUUUCUGUUUUUCCUUUAGCCACACUGGGCGUUUCCUUUGAUUUUUCUCAGCAACCUGCAUGUUGAGUUCUGUAUUGCUGUGGCUUCCAAGAAAAAUACAAGUCACAAAUUGGAUAGCAUCUUGUUUUUAUUCAGCUGUUAUCAACGUACAGAAUUUGGGACACAUUGCUUUCAAAACAAGGAUAAAAUAUCUGUUGAUCUUUGCAAAUUCCUUCCUGUAACUAUUUAUAGAUAGUCCUGACUCCAUUACUCCCUCCCCAGAUGGGAGAAUAGGCUUACAUUUCAAACAGCAAAACCUAAAAGGAUAAUGUGAACUGCUGGCAGGGUGCACAUAGGAGAUAAAUUGGAUACACUGCUGUGUUCACAUGCUUUAUUAUUGCUCUUUCAAUACCGUGUCCAAACUGGUUCCCUUCUUUCACUGGCCGUUUUAGAGGCUCCUCUGUGGCUGGAUGUAGCGAACUGCUGUCUGGUUUCCUUUCUGCUGGCUGCAGAGGUGCUUUGGGCACUGCAGGUGGUAGCGCGGUGCUGGGCUCACUUCCUAGUGCGGUCGCUGCUUCCUUUCAGACCCCUGUUGUCGUGUGUUCUGCAUCACUCCCUGUGUUUAUCUGUUCCCUGAUACAAGUAAUAGUGAGAUACUGCGCUUCCCACCAUCCCUUAAUUUUAGAGUGAAAGAAUGGGCCUGGAAUUACUCUCUUUCACUUGAUGAAUUGAGAAUUUGACUAUGCAGAGCUGUCAGGUAACUGGUAGGUGGCUUGAGGUCACUAGUUCUCAGCUUUAGGACGUUCACUGCCACAUACAGUGUUCAGCACUCACCCAGGCUAGGCAGCGGCUUUUGAGCUUGAACACCUCUGUGUGAACAAAUUCUUGAGCACCCGAGUCCCACUUCAUCCAAUUGGGAGCAGUUCAGGGUCAGCUAGAGCCCCGGAAAAGAGAGACCCUCACCAGCAUGACUGGAGGGCCGGGGGCAGGCUGGCCCACGCAGUGUGCCUAGAAAGUAGCUCCUCACUAGCUGCCAUCCUCGGCUCCUCUUACUUUGUCUUUGUCACCAGGUCUCAGCAAUUUACAGAACUCUCCCUCCUUUCCUUCCUUCCACCUGUCAUGUUUGCUUCUGAAAUAAGAACCAUUUGUGUAACACCAAUACUUACCUUAAGAAAGACAUGCAUUAUGUGGUUGUAAUCAAACCUGAUGCUUUCAGAUGACCUACUUACAUCUUCAGUGUGGAAAAGAUUAAGAACAAAACAAAUUCAUCUAAACUUCUGGGCAAUCCAGUUGACUUUUAAAUGUAAGAAUGGAAUUCCAAACACUUAACACAUUCAGCUAUAUGACAGAAAGUAAAUCUAUGGAUAUGGUAUUUUGUGAAUGAUCUUUUAAAUAAAAGAAAACCUUACGUAAUAUUUAA